CUCCCCCUUCUGUAUUUGGAUUGGACAAAAAUCUGACACGUUUCUUGUCAGCCCUUUAAAUGUGCAGUCUAGGAUGCCGUCACAAUCAUACUGGUGUCUGUCAAGAGGACCGCUCACAAACUUGAAUACUUGAGAAGAACCGAGAAACAAUGAAGUCCUUCAUUGGGAGUUUGGUAUAUUGCCUCUCUUUUCUGCUGGCCGAUCUCUGUGAAUCCUAUGACCUUAACAAUCCAUCCCACAUUUUAGCACAGACUUACGCACAAAGAAGAAAUAAUGCGGUUCCACAACGGACACUGAGCCCAGCAGCAACAGAUCCACAUUGUAGGAGCCGCCCACUGGACCUAGUCUUCAUCAUUGACAGCUCACGUAGCGUGCGUCCAGGUGAGUUUGAGAAGGUCAAGAUCUUCCUGGCUGACAUGGUGGACACUCUUGAUGUUGGCUCCGAUGCCACACGUGUUGCAGUGGUGAACUAUGCCAGCACGGUCAAAAUUGAGUUCCUGCUGAAAAACCAUCUUACGAAGAACUCUAUAAAGCAAGCCAUCAACCGCAUCGAACCCUUGGCUGCAGGAACCAUGACUGGUAUGGCCAUCAAGAAAGCCAUGGAUGAAGCCUUCACUGAGAAGUCUGGAGCGCGGCCUAAAUCGAAGAACAUCUCAAAGGUUGCCAUCAUUGUCACCGAUGGACGUCCUCAAGACCAAGUCGAGGAGGUGUCGGCUGCAGCACGAGCUUCAGGGAUUGAGAUUUACGCAGUCGGAGUGGACAGGGCUGACAUGCAGUCACUGAAGCUCAUGGCCAGCAAUCCACUUGAGGACCAUGUGUUCUACGUGGAGACCUACGGUGUCAUUGAGAAGCUCACCUCAAAGUUCCGGGAGACAUUGUGCGGUAUGGACGCCUGUGCAAUGGGACAUGACUGUGAGCACAUAUGUGUCAGCAGUGGCUCCUCCUUUUACUGCAAGUGCCGGAAGGGCUAUAUUUUGAACGAGGACCAGAAAACAUGUUCCCUAAAACAGGUGAAGGUGGAGAUCGUUCAGGACCCCUGCAUGUGUGAGGCCCGACUGGCUUUCCAGAGGCAGACACAAACCUCCCUACAGGACCUCAACGGCAAACUUGCUGCUGUCAUAAGAAAGGUUGAGCAAAUGGAAAACAUGCUGGGAAGCAUGUAACGGAGCAGUUCUUGGGUCAAUAUUUUCUUUGAACUUUCAGUGAUUGCUGGAGUGGAUAUGGAGCAAUAGACAACAAGACGACUUCUGCUUCAAAGGCCACAUUGAUUGCAUGAACCUCUUUAUGGCUUCAAAAAUGGAUCACAGUGGCUGAUGUUUAAAUGAUGUUUCUUAAACCACGUUCACAAAUGUUUACAGAUCCCAAAAAAAAAAAAGAAUAUUAACCAUAUUCAAAUAUGAAUUAAUAUCGUAAGAGCUUAAAUAGUGCAUGACGGGCUGGAAUGUAUGUAUAAUGAUGUUCUUUUGCUCCCCAGAAAUGGUCAAAAGUAAUCUUUUCAUUUAAAUAGACUAAAUUAUACAACAUAUUGUAACCAAUUUUACUAGGGGUCAUUAUCAAAGUUGUAUUUUUUUAUUGCUUACGUUUGUGUCAAAGAAGGAAUGUAAUAUUAUUGUUUAAUCUUAUGUAGACAUGUAGUUCAAAUUUAAUAUAGACAUAUUAUAGUCUACAAUAUUUAUAAUUAAGCAGUAAUAGUCAUUAUAUUAAAACUUGA